GUGGGUCCUAUGGAAAAAAUUGCCUUGGAUAAACAAGCAAUGUUUAUUAAAUUUAAUUCUCUGGAAUUGUGCGCUGAUAAAGUAUUUAGUUUACGCGUACAGGAAAACUGUUGUACUGAUAUUCAUAAAUGCGUAGUAGAUUCCGAGUCGAAGAAGUCAAAACAAAUUGAAAAGUGUUUGGGUUUGGAUAAUAAAAACAUCGAAAGGUAUGCUUGCAACGUUUCUAGUGGACCACGUAAAAAUAAUACUACAUCAAAACCUCAAAUCGUAAAUGAGAGUCGUCCUAUUUACCCCAAUGUGCCGUAUAGCCCUUAUAGUACUCCAUUCAGUAGUCCUCGAUCUAGUCGACGGAAGCCAGCUUUUCGGGAGUCUAGAAGGAUAUCGAUGGAUAAAUCUGGAAGUUUUCUGCAGUUAAAUCAAUAUAGAUUAAUGGAACAAAUUGGACAGGGUUCCUACGGGCUCGUUAAAUUAGCUUAUUCCGAAGAAGAUUCAACUCAUUAUGCAAUGAAAAUUCUUUCAAAAAAGCGCUUACUACGACAAGCUGGUCUUAUGCGACGAGGACCUCGAAAAGCAACAUCACCUUUAGAUCGAGUUUACAGAGAAAUAGCUGUUUUAAAAAAACUCGAUCAUCCAAACGUCGUGAAGUUGGUAGAAGUGUUGGAUGACCCACUUGAGGAUUCUUUGUAUAUGGUUUUUGAAUUGGUAAAGCAAGGUGAAGUUCUAAGGAUUCCAACAGAUAAUCCCUUGUCUGAAAAAAGAGCUUGGAGUAUAUUUCGGGAGUCUUUACUUGGAUUGGAAUAUUUGCACCAUCAAAAAAUUAUCCAUGCCGACAUAAAGCCUGGAAAUUUAUUAUUAACCGAAUUUGGACAUGUAAAAAUAGCUGAUCUUGGCGUAUGCAAUGAAUUCCUUGGAGAAGAUGCAACAAUAAGUAAUGGAUCAACAGCUGGAACUCCAGCUUUUAGGGCUCCAGAAACUCUAAUCCCUGGACAGAACCAAUAUUGUGGAAGGGCGGCAGAUGUCUGGGCUUUAGGUGCAACUCUGUAUUCCUUGAUAUUCGGAAAUGUACCGUUUUUAGCAGAUUCAGUGCCCUUACUAUAUGAAAAAAUUAAACAAGAUUCUGUCAAAUUUCCAGAAAACCAUAAAGUAACUGAAAUUUUAAAAAGUUGCAUAGUUCAAAUGUUGGAAAAAAAUGCGACGCACAGAAUUACGAUUCCCCAGUUAAAGACUAAUAAAUGGGUAACUUCUGGUGGGGACUGUCCCUUGCCUACCGAAGAAGAAAAUUGUUGUUUGGUAAAAGUAGACGACGAAGACAUAAGCUCCGUCGUGCGCAGCAUUCCUAAAUUAGACACGCUUAUAUUAAUAAAAACUAUGUUAAAAAAACAUUCAUUUGGCAAUCCGUUUGUAAAAGGAUGUUCUGGAAAAUCACCAACACUUGCGGGCUGCUCAAGGAUAGAAAGGUUUGUCCGCGCAGGUCGAUCUAAUUCAGCACCUGGUUCAUAUCGGAUGUCAACAGCCAGACAGCCUUCGUCAGAUACUCUCCUGCCAUCACUUAAGGAACAUGGCUCUUCUCAAUGUAAUGAAGGCCUUCAUGGUUUUGAUUAUUAGAACCGGCUAACUAUUACUUAUAAGGAAUUUACCAGCUUAUAUAAGUUAAUCCGAAUGAAGUUAAUUCGAUUUUUUAA